GACAGCAGGCCAGGCGGGGAGAAGGGGCAGCGGACACCAAGUCGGAGCUCUCCCAGCCCGAGGCAACUGCGGCAGCUUCAGCAGCAUCUGCCGCCUCCUCGUCCUAACCCUUCCCGCCCCCAGCUGCGGGCGGCCUCCACCCUGGGCCUCCCCCGGGGAGGCUGAGGGGACCAACGCGGACCUCGGAGACCCUUCCCCGCAUCCCCUCGGACUCCCGGGUCCCUCCCAACGCCCGCCGGAGAGCCCACAUCUGCCGGGGCUUUGGGUCAUGCCAGAGGCGAGUCGGCGAUUGGGCUCUCGUGUUUUCCCCACCCUCGGCUUUCGGGAAAUGCCCGCGAUGUUAGGAUAAAGGAAAUGACACUUUGAGGAACUGCAGAGAACAUAGACACGUUUGGGGUUGUUUCCCCCUUUUUUUUUUCCUUUUCCAAAGAAGGGAAGCCGAUUUCCCCAUCCCCUCUUCUUUUUCGCACCCCCUCUUCUGAAUUCAGGAGCCGUUCUGAGGUGCAGGCUAAGGGCGAAGACGGGAAGCCAAGACCCUCCCCCCCAAAAAAGACAAUUAGGAACAUUUGCAGAGAAAAAUCAAAGGGGGGAGGAAAAAAAAAGGCGCAGAAAGUGACUUACCCGGGAAAUCCUACAAAUCCAACUCUGGAAGAACCCCCUUCCCAGAAAUGGAUACGCUUCCUCUGGUCUGGGGUUUUUUAGCUCUGUGCUUAUCAGGAUCCGAAGUGAUAGGACAAGCAGCUCCGCCCUGUGGAGGACGGUUGAAUUCCAAAGAUGCUGGUUAUAUCACCUCCCCUGGCUACCCUCAGGACUACCCCUCCCACCAGAACUGCGAGUGGGUCAUCUACGCCCCGGAACCCAACCAGAAGAUUGUCCUCAACUUCAACCCUCACUUUGAAAUCGAAAAACACGACUGCAAGUAUGACUUCAUAGAGAUCCGGGACGGGGACAGUGAGUCCGCUGACCUGCUGGGGAAGCACUGUGGCAACAUAGCUCCUCCCACCAUUAUCUCCUCCGGCUCAUUGCUGUACAUCAAGUUCACCUCUGACUAUGCCCGACAAGGGGCUGGUUUCUCUCUACGCUAUGAAAUCUUCAAGACAGGCUCUGAAGAUUGUUCUAGGAACUUCACCAGCCUCAACGGCACCAUCGAAUCCCCUGGGUUCCCAGAUAAAUACCCCCACAACUUGGACUGCACUUUCACCAUCUUAGCCAAACCCAAGAUGGAGAUCAUCCUUCAGUUUCUGACCUUUGACCUCGAGCAUGACCCCUUGCAAGUUGGAGAGGGAGACUGCAAGUACGACUGGCUGGAUAUCUGGGAUGGCAUCCCUCAUGUUGGCCCUCUGAUCGGCAAGUACUGUGGCACUAAAACCCCUUCGGAGAUCCGCUCAUCUACAGGGAUCCUCUCGCUCACCUUUCACACGGACAUGGCAGUGGCCAAGGAUGGAUUCUCUGCACGUUACUACCUGGUGCAUCAGGAUCCCCCAGAAAACUUCCAGUGCAAUGUUCCUUUGGGAAUGGAAUCUGGCCGGAUUUCUAGUGAGCAGAUCAGCGCCUCCUCCUCCUACUCCGAUGGGAGAUGGACUCCUCAGCAGAGCCGGCUCCACAGUGAUGACAAUGGCUGGACCCCAAACUUGGACUCCAACAAGGAGUAUCUCCAGGUGGACCUGCGCUUUCUGACCGUACUCACGGCCAUCGCAACCCAGGGAGCCAUUUCCCGGGAGACCCAGAACGGCUACUACGUCAAAUCUUACAAACUGGAACUCAGUACAAAUGGCGAAGACUGGAUGAUGUACCGACAUGGCAAAAACCACAAAAUCUUUCAAGCCAACACUGACGCGACAGAAGUGGUUCUGAACAAGAUUCCGACUCCGGUGCUGACUCGUUUCAUCCGAAUCCGUCCUCAAACCUGGCACACAGGCAUUGCCCUGAGGCUGGAGCUCUUUGGCUGUCGGAUUACAGAUUCUCCAUGUUCCAACAUGCUGGGGAUGCUCUCGGGCCUGAUCUCCGACUCGCAGAUCACUGCCUCCUCCACCCGGGAGUACCUCUGGAGCCCCAGCGUGGCCCGCCUGGUGAGCAGCCGGUCCGGCUGGUUCCCCCGCAUCCCCCAGGCCCUGGCCGGGGAGGAGUGGCUGCAGGUGGACCUGGGGGUGCCCAAGACCGUCAAAGGAGUGGUCAUCCAGGGGGCUCGAGGAGGGGACAGCGUCUCGGCCGUGGAGGCCCGAGCCUUCGUGCGCAAGUUCAAGGUGGCCUACAGCUUGAACGGUGAGGAUUGGGAGUACAUCCAGGACCCGAGGACCCUGCAGCCCAAGCUAUUUGAAGGAAACAUGCACUACGACACUCCAGACGUCCGAAGGUUCGACCCCGUUCCCGCCCAGUAUGUCCGCGUGUAUCCAGAAAGGUGGUCCCCGGCUGGGAUUGGGAUGCGGCUGGAGGUUCUGGGCUGUGAAUGGACAGAUGUGAAGCCCACUGCAGAGACACUGAAGCCGACCGUGAAGAACGAGGAGACCACCACUCAGUUCCCCACUGAGGACGAGACCACAGAAUGUGGUGAGAGCUGCCUAGUUGACUAUGAUUUUCAACUCCCUCCAGGAUUCAACUGCAACUUUGAUGUCAUUGACGAGGCCUGUGGUUGGAUGUACGACCGGGAGACCUCAUUCAGGAGCCCCUGGCCCGGAAGCUCCAACCUGGCUCCCGACGGCAACCAUUAUUUGAAGCUGCAGAGUGGUGGAAGGAGAGAGAGCCAGUCUGGCCGGCUCGUCAGCCCCCCGCUCCACUUGCCCAGAAUCCCCGUCUGCAUGGAAUUCCAGUACCGCGCCACAGGUGGGAGCGGGACCACCCUGCAGGUGGUGAGGGAGGCGAGCCAGGAAAACAAACUCCUGUGGAUUGUCCGGGACGACCAAGGCAGUCAGUGGAGACAAGGACGGAUCAUCCUGCCCAGUUAUGAGAUGGAGUUUCAGAUUGCAUUUGAGGGAAUCGUAGGGAAGGACCACUCGGGAGAGAUCGCCAUCGACGAUAUCCGGGUAGACGCUGAUAUCCCCUUGGAGAAUUGCAUGGAACCCAUUGCAGCUUUUCCAGUAGGCAUCCCAGAAAUACCCAGAAUUCCAAAAAUGGGAGAUGAAGAUGAUGAAGAUGAUGAUGAGUAUGACGGGGAUUGGAACAGCACCUUUCCGACCACCGCCCCCGCCUCCCCGAAGGAGGACAAGGAGAAGAGCUGGCUGUACACGCUGGACCCCAUCCUGGUCACCAUUAUCGCCAUGAGCUCCCUGGGUGUCCUCUUAGGGGCCAUCUGCGCCGGCCUGCUUCUCUACUGCACGUGCUCCUACACGGGACUGUCUUCCCGCAGCUGCACCACGCUGGAGAACUACAACUUCGAGCUCUACGACGGCAUCAAACACAAGGUCAAAAUGAACCACCAGAAGUGCUGCUCGGAGGCGUGACUGAUUGCCCCAGGAUCACAUUCGACAUUUCAUUCCAGCAGGAGUGGCUGGUGAAGAUUACUUUUUUCGCUCUGGGAACUGAAUGCCAUAAUCUCCAACAAACCAAUCCAGAAUCGUGAAGAUGUGGGCGUGAUGGACCGGGGAGGAGGAUGGGGAGAGGGCGGAGCGGCCCUGGCUUCGGCCACCCGUGAAGAAGAUUUCGAACUGCCAAGGACUGAGGUGAACGGAUGGUUGCUUGAAUGAAACCUCGCUCUCUGCUGGGACUGGAGCUCAACUGCUUUGGGAUUUUUGUUGUUGUUGUUGUCGUUUUGAGGGGGGUGGUUUUUGUCCUUGAGAGACUUGACGGCGUAGAAGAAAAUGACCUAUAGGGUGUGAGAAGCAGAAUGUUGAUCAUUAUUCUCCACCUCCUUUCCCCCAACAAUGGUUAAGGAGCUGAAGCGUUUGCAGCCCACCUUAAGAAAGAUACACCUAAAGCCCAUCCUUAUUAACCCCUUCUCAGAUAGUCUUGUGUAUAAGGGAUUUGUGAUUGGCUGCCACCCCUCCCACCCACUCCCCACCUGCGAUUUCUUCCUGCGAUGAAAGGAGGAUGUUGUCACCUUUAACUUUUCUUAUCCAGGGGGAAAAGAUGCUGGUUUAGGGUCAAUGGAAACAGCUCUUUCGAAUGUGAGAUUCAAAAGGAAACUUCACUUAGAAACCUCUCUUUGUGUGACACUGAAGAGCCUUAAAGUGCUUGUGAAUUGGAGCCAUUUGUGAAAUCCAGAUCGUGAGUUUGGUUGGAGGCAGCAGAGGCCUGCCCGACGAGGAGGCCCCAUUCACUGGGUUGUUUUUUCUUUUUGUUUUCUUUCCAUUCUCCUCCCUUGUUCUUGUCAAAAUAAAAUCCUCUCCCCCCAACAAAAGACAGUGUCUAAGGGUUCUAAGAGGAGGGGAGAGAUCUUUGUUUGAUAUUCUUGGAGGAAGGCUAGGGGGAGAAUACAGGCCAUUACUGAAUCUCCUCCAUUGCUGAAGUAUCUUCUCUGGUGACCCCUGGAUGAAGUGGAGAAGAAAGCAAAGUAAAAGUGCAGCCCCUGAGGUCCCCAUGUCAAGUGGCAAAUUUGAGAGGGGGACAUUUUGAUUCAUGAGUUUCUCUAAAAGGCGAGGAAACCUGGGCUUCCUCUUUGGAUCGCAGCCAACUCCUUUGCUCACGGCAUUGCCGACAAGGAGCACGUAGAUCCUCGGCCUCAGCUGGAGGUCAGCAAGCAGGGAGGACCAACAGGAUCAAACUUCCUCCUCUCACCCUCUGACUGGAGGUUCCCCAUUGUCACCUCAUCUCCCCAGCAGUGAUUUAUGAAUCUUUGUUAUCAAGUGCCUUGAAAAAAGAAAGCAAGUAUUUUUCUUCUAGCUCAAUAGCAGUGUUCCAUACUCUCCUGCCUCCACCCCUCCUCCUCUUCCAGAUCCUCCAUUGAGUCUUGAUCGUUGGACUCGGCCCUGUCGAAAUAGGAAUCGAUACUCAGUCUGAACCCUAGUUGCUUCUCUCCUGGCCACCAAGGAGGGAUGUUGGGACCAGGACUACAACGUGGGAUGGAAAUGAUCGUCCCUAUCGAGCGCCAAAAGCAAAGCCUGUCGACUUGCGUAUGGAUCACCAGUAGGCCGAUAUAACUCGUCUCGAACCAAACCUGACACCGUAUCCAGUCUAUCACAUCUCCUAUGAAUAGUAAGACUCAUCAGACCAUUUUUGCUGCUACUGUCAUCUACGCUUUCAUUGUCUCAUAACCGGAUGAAAGGGGAAGGGUGAAAGUGAACUGACCAUUCCUACAAAUGUUAACUUAUGGAAGUGCUAGUGAAAAUGGUAAUGUGACGGUGUGUUGUCCGCAUACAGAGAGUGAGAGUUCCUGUAUACAGUGCAUAUAUUUAUAUAUGUGUGUGUGUGUGCGCGUGUGCGUGUGGGUGUGUGUGUCUGCGUGCGCAUGUGAGUUCUCUGUAUGUUAUCGUGUUUGUGAAGGUCACGUGGGACUAAAUUGUGUUAUUGUGACUCUGAUCGAAGGCAGGAGAGCACUGCUGGUCUUGGCCCUAUUUUAGCACAGAGUGCAUUCGUAGUGAAUGUAAAACCGGGAACUCAACAAGGCAGAGCGGAAUGCCACUCAUUAGAUAACGUGGGAGGAAGUCAAACUUCGAUUCUUCUUCCGCUUCCCCUUCUCCGUCGCUUCCUGGCACCUCUCCCACGCUCCGUGGAGACAGCACAGAGCCUAGGUAAUCACGGGUGAGUCCUGAAGCUUUUGGCAUUAUGCUCUCCUUGCGGGCGGGGGCCCAUAGGAUCUUCCUGGAGCCUUUUCCAAGUUGAGUUUACAAACGGGUUUCCCUCCAACUGCCCACCCUCCUCCCCCAGGCCCUGGUUAAUGGGGCAUUAGGUAACUCAUGAAGCUCUAGGAACAUUCCGACUUACAGAUCACCUCCAGCUUGGAAUCAGUAGAACACCCCCUCCUUUAGAAUCCCACAUUCCUAUUCCAUGUCAGCUAGGACCGGGCCCUAACUGUGCUUGUGAUGCUGAGCCAAAGCAAGCCAAGUGUACUAAGCGAAAGCAGACCGAGUGGGCUUACAUGGCUGAAUCCUCCCCUCUGCUGGGUGCUUUGCUGUCCUAUUCUGGAAAGAAAGAAAAAACAAAACAAAACAAAACAAAAAAACAGGAAACAGUCAAAGAAAAACGAAAAUCCCAGAACAUUGGGGCAUUCAAUUCAUCGUUCUCUUUAUCUGUAGUUACACUUGCUUUUCUGUGCUGGUGAGCAUUUCCCUCUGUGAAACCCAACCGCAGUAUUGAUACGAUUUUAUGCCUUUUAACGAAUGACACAUUACCUCCACGCGCUCUCAGACUGAUUGUCGGAAGUGUCCUGCUGUUGCUUUCUCUCUUUCAUGGGGAGGGGGUGGGAGGGCAAGGGAGGGGUGAGCAAAGGAAAAGAAACAGGUAAGAAACCGUAAUACGGAAGCUUAACUUUCCCGAGGUUUGCUGUUCAAGGUAUUCGAUCUUUCACUGGCUGAGCCAGAUCAUGCGGGCUUGAGAGCUUUUACUGUGAUUUCCCUAAUGUAAAGACAAACAAGACUGUGUUUAUAUGAUUUGUAUAAAACAUUUUUAAAUUACUAUUUAAUAAACAUUAUACCA